UCAUGCUUCGUUGAUCAGUGAUAUUCACUGUGCCCAGAGGGAUUCGCGACCCACGAGGAUUGGGUAUACGAAUGUUCUUAUCGAGUAUAAUAAGAUUUUCUUCGCCCUCGAGUUUGCCCGAGCGAGAACUCCUUGGAAAUUAUCAGUACAGUAUCUGAGAAUCAACAAACUCAAGCUUUGUAAUGCCUCGAUUGUCCCAUGUCUACCGCUGUCCAGAAACAGUUUAGCGCGCCACUGGCUAAUUUUCGCAGCGAUGCCCACCACCAAUCCAGUCAUCGUGCCCGACUGAGAAAUUCACACUUCACAUUCCAAAGCCAUAUACGACCGAGUUUCCGAGAUGGCCGACGUUCUUCUGGAAUUUUUCCGCAGCACAUUGCCGGACGAGAUUGCAGUUGUGCUGGAAGAUGUACUCAGUGCGACUGAAUGCGGCGAUUUUGAGAGCGUAUUAAAGCAUCCCGAAGUCCAAGUACUGUUCGGGCACCAGGAGAAUGAUUUGACAAAAGAUGUCAAUCUGAAAAACUACCCAGUAUGGAGCGACUAUAUUUUCCACCGUCUAGGCCUCAUUUUGUCAAAACGGAGCGAAGAAGAGGGUACCCCGAUAAAAGAGACAGCAAUUUACCGUCAACACUUGUUCUUCGUCGUUGCUGUAGCGGCCCUGUACGCCUUCAUUCAGUCGACAAUAACUGGCCCUCCACUUCCCUUCAAGUCUGAAAAUGUUCUCUUGCCGACAGAUGUCAAUUCAAACCCCGCGACUCUGAGCAAGCUACGGGCAGAACUCGUGGCGUCUUUCGGCACUGACGGAGUUGCUGCAUAUAAAUUGACCCCAAAUCCUGAGCUCUUGUGCCUCGCCGAGAGUAUCUUGAUAUGCCCCCCUAUUCAGAAGAAUAUCAAGGAGUCGGUUUGGGCCAGGUUACGAGUCGAUUUCGUGCAUCAACGGCUAUUGUCGGAACCGGCGUCUGCAUUGCAGAAAAAGAUAUACGAGGAUCUGGAGAUACUGGAAGGCAUUAUCCUGAAUGCGAGCAAAGAAAAGAAAGUCGAAGAUUUGCACGUCCACUUCCUUCUCGAGCGAGCAGCAAUUCACACGCAUCACAGUUUCGACAAGAAGGCCAAAGCUGAUCUGAACCAAGCAACUACGGAGAGACGAUUCGAAUUUGUUCUUACGGGACUGAUGGGAAAAAGGACAAAGUUUCAGCAGAAAGAUACGAGCCAACUUUUGAUUUUGGCGCGGAGUGCUGGUACAGAUGUAGACGGGCCAUCUUCCACUACAAAACCGAAGCCCACGAAUCUGGAUUUAAAUGAUGACACACUUCUUGAAUCUAUUGCAUUUACGCCGGAGGAGAAGUCUGAAACUGAAAAUAACUCUUCUGUCCCAGCAAGCCUAGCAUCCUUGGACCCGUCCAACCAACCUUUGCUGAAUCCACUUGACUCCGUUAUUCUACUCUCCUUGGCAUCUUCAGUAACAAACACAAACCCUGAGGAUGGCAUCACCCGUGAGGAGACACUUCCAUACGCUACUCGCGUGCUGGAUGGCGGAAGCUCCAACUGGCAGGUCUACACACAAGCUCUUCUUGUACGAAGCCGCGUCGAAGGGUACAAAUCACGGACAAUGGAGCGCGGUCUUCUACAGCUUCAAGCUCUGGUUGACCAAGUCAUUGCAGAGACCUCUGGGGCCGAUGUGCAACCUACUGGGGAUGAAGCCACGUCUUUUCUGCCCAAAGCCAAAGAUGGCGAAUCUGCACCAGUGAAUGAACGCAUACAAUAUGUGUUUUCUCUAUGCUCAUCAUACCGAUGGGAUCUCGAGUCUGAACUAGCAGCUCGCUGGAUUAGUGUUGGCGGCCUCCGGUCUGCCCUUGAGAUCUACGAGAGACUUGAAAUGUGGGCUGAAGCGGCAUUGUGUUGGGCGGCCACCGAGAAAGAAGACAAGGCGAAGAAAGUCAUACGACGACAGCUCUUCCACGCAACUGACGGCAAUGACGAAGCUGCAGAUCUUGAAACCGAGAAGUGGGAAGGUGCCGCAAGAGAUCCAGCUCCCGCAGAAGCGCCCCGUCUGUACUGCAUUCUGGGAGAUAUUGAUAGCGACUUAUCCAUGUACGAAAAAGCAUGGGAAGUAUCUGGGCAGCGGUACGCCCGCGCUCAACGCUCCCUCGGUCAGCGAUACUUUGUCGAACACGACUACGCCAAAGCAGCAGAAGCCUACACCCUAUCCCUGAAGAUGAACCCGCUCAACCAUCCAGCCCGCUUUGCCCUAGGCUGCGCAUACCUCGAGCUCCAACGCUUCAAAGACGCCGUCGAAGCCUUCUCCCGCUGCGUCCAACUUGACGACGAAGACGCAGAAUCAUGGAGCAACCUCGCAGCUGCACUCCUCCAUCUCCGUCCCAAAGCACCGGCCCCAACCUCCGCCAAAGCCGACGACGAUGAUGAAGAAAACGCACCCACCGCAUCCAGCAGAGUGACCAGCCACCCCCGUACCGACGCCCUCAAGGCCUUCAAACGCGCCGCAGCCCUCAAACACGACAACUUCCGCAUCUGGUCCAACGUCCUCGCAGUCGCGGCAUCCACUUCGCCCCCUUCGUACAUGGAUAUCAUCAGCGCGCAACGCCGCAUCUGCGAAAUGCGCGGAAAAACCGACGGCGAGAACUGCAUCGACCCAGACGCUAUGCAGCUCCUGGUCCGUCACGUAAUCCAGCUCCCAGAAACCUCCGCCGAAGGAGGAGAAGCAGGUCCAGCGGCAGGUCUCCCCCGUCUAACAACAACACUCAUCGAAUCGCACAUCAAGCCUUUGAUUACGUUCUCGCCUUCCCUCUGGCUCACCCUCGCUCUCUUCUACACGCAUACAUCGCGUCCCUCGUCCGCGCUCGAGUGCCACGAGAAGGCAUGGCGCGCCGUGACGUCGCAGCCCAACUGGGAGUCGCAAUCCGAGAAGGAGUGGGACGCUGUAGUGCAGCAGACAGUUGAUCUGGUGGACGCGUACGAGACGUUGGGACCGAGGGAACGCACUGAAGGGCUAGCUGCGGGGAGCGGAGAGCUCGUGGCGAAAGAUUGGAAGUUCAAGGCGAGGAGUGCGGUGAGGAGUGUCUGUGGCAAAGGGAAAGAAGGAUGGGAAGGGUCGAGCGGGUGGGAUUUGUUGAAGGAGAGGUUGGAAGAGUUGAAAGGGUCUUAG